UACACUAAAAGAGAUUUCCAAAGAGAAAAAUUAAAAUGGAGGGUAGAGGAGGAUGUUCUGUAGCUAGAUAUGAAGCUUAUGGGGUUUAUGAUAUGUCGAAAAUGGACCGGAUAAUGCUCCGGUUCAGACCGAUCGCACCCAAACCGGCUACCGGCGGUGGAAGUGGGGAAACCGGUGGUGGUACGGAGGUUUGUUGUAAAUCGGGGAGACGUAAAAGAAGACACACGAAAGGGAGUAUUACGAGGAGAAAACGAAGGGUUACUACUUUGUCGCUUAUAUCUGAAACCCCAGAUUGUAAAGACUGCAUUUCGAAGGAGACGAAAACGAUGGUGGCCCCGCCGUCUUUAUGGUUGAGCUCCGGCGAAUCUGAUGCUGCUGCUGCUGCUGAUGAUGCUGUUUAUCGAAAGGAGAGUUUCGGCUUCGUCGGCGGUGGUGGUGAAUCAUUGGAUCGGGCGGUAAGGAUGGUGGUUGGGUCGUCGUCUUCGUCGUGUGUGACGGUGGAAAGCGUGACGGAGACUUGGGUUAGCGGUGGUGGUUGGUUGGAGUGUACGGAUGAGGAGAUGAAGGUUAACCUAGGGAAAGACUUGUGUCCAGGGUUUAUAUCGGAUGUGUUUGGGAGGGUGACUUGGACCAAUGGAGCGUACAAGGAAAUGGUUGGAGGCGGCGGCCGGGAUAUGACGACGGUGAGGUUGUUGAUGAAGCAGAAGCUUCCACCGGCGAAGAUAUUUCCGGCGUUUACGUGUAGGGUAAGGUUACAAUACAGUUGUGGGAAGGAUAGGAAAUCGUUAACGUUGCCGUGUGAUGUAUGGAGAAUGAACAGCGGCGGAAUUGCAUGGCGGCUCGAUAUCAACGCCGCUCUUUGCUUGGGCCGGUGAGAACAAAAAAAAAAAGAAAAAAGGGCAAGAAGCAGCCAUUUUCUUUGCAUGAAGAAAGCUUAGCAUCUAUAUAUUCUGGUCAUGCCACGAGUCCGAGGCUUGUAGGAAUUCUGUGAACAAAAAUGGAACUCCGACAACGUAAUUAAAGAACGAGGUGAGCAAUCACCGCAAUGGUCUUGUAAUUAAAUUGUAGUUUUUUUUUUUUAAACUUUUUUCUUCUCUUUGUUAAUGACUAGGAUUUAAAAGGAACUACAAAUACCCUAUAUUCUAUGUAAUUAGUUUUUUGUUUGGUAUAUUGUAUAUAUGUUUUAUUGUUUAGGUUUAGUGUUCCAAGUUAUCCUUUU